CUUUCCAAGAGACCGCAAAACACCGACCCCAACAUCCUCAUUCUCCUCAUCUUCAUCCUCAUCAUGAUGGCGGCAGCUCCAAUUCAGCAGAACGGGACCCACACCGGGCUUCCCAUAGACCUGGAUCCUCCCGACUCCAGAAAGCGGCCGCUCGAAGCUCCCCCUGAAGCGGGUAACACCAAGAGAACCAACACUGGCGAAGACGGCCAAUAUUUUUUAAAAGUCCUUAUACCUAGCUAUGCUGCCGGAUCUAUUAUUGGAAAAGGAGGUCAAACCAUUGUCCAACUGCAGAAAGAGACUGGUGCCACGAUCAAAUUGUCCAAAUCCAAAGAUUUCUACCCAGGAACAACAGAGCGCGUUUGCCUGAUCCAGGGAACAGUAGAAGCUCUGAAUGCAGUUCACAGCUUCAUUGCAGAGAAGAUACGAGAAAUGCCUCAGAAUGUGGCAAAGACAGAGCCUGUUAGCAUCCUACAGCCUCAGACCACCGUGAACCCAGACCGUAUCAAACAAACAUUGCCAUCUUCCCCAACUACCACCAAGUCCUCUCCAUCUGACCCCAUGACCACCACCAGAGCCAAUCAGGUAAAAAUAAUUGUUCCUAACAGCACUGCAGGUCUGAUCAUUGGGAAGGGUGGUGCCACAGUGAAAGCUGUCAUGGAGCAGUCAGGAGCUUGGGUACAACUCUCUCAAAAGCCAGACGGGAUAAACUUGCAAGAGAGAGUGGUGACGGUGAGUGGGGAACCAGAACAAAACCGCAAAGCCGUCGAACUUAUCAUCCAGAAAAUCCAGGAGGACCCACAGAGUGGCAGCUGUCUUAAUAUCAGCUAUGCCAAUGUCACUGGUCCAGUGGCCAACUCCAACCCAACUGGAUCCCCUUAUGCCAACACUGCUGAGGUGUUACCAACUGCUGCGGCUGCUGCGGGGCUGUUAGGACACGCUAACCUCGCUGGAGUUGCUGCCUUCCCAGCGGUUUUAUCUGGCUUCACAGGAAAUGACCUGGUAGCCAUCACCUCUGCACUCAACACUUUAGCCAGCUAUGGAUAUAACCUUAACACACUGGGUUUGGGCUUGAGUCAAGCCGCAGCCACGGGUGCAUUGGCUGCAGCUGCAGCCAGUGCAAAUCCUGCCGCUGCAGCUGCAGCAAACCUACUGGCUACAUAUGCGAAUGAAGCCUCAGGCGGUGGCAGCCCUGUUAGUGGAACAGCGGGGACUUUUGCCCUAGGUAGCCUUGCUGCUGCUACUGCUGCCACAAACGGCUAUUUCGGUGCUGCCUCUCCACUGGCUGCCAGCGCCAUCCUUGGCUCAGAAAAAUCUACAGAUGGAUCAAAGGACGUGGUCGAAAUAGCGGUCCCAGAAAACCUAGUUGGUGCAAUAUUGGGGAAAGGCGGGAAAACAUUAGUGGAAUAUCAGGAGUUGACUGGUGCAAGGAUACAGAUCUCCAAAAAGGGGGAGUUUGUGCCUGGCACAAGAAAUCGGAAGGUGACCAUUACAGGAACGCCAGCUGCUACCCAGGCUGCCCAGUAUUUAAUCACACAGCGGAUCACUUAUGAGCAAGGUGUUCGGGCAGCCAACCCACAGAAAGUCGGGUGAUUUCCAGGCCCGUCACAAGAUUCUCUUUAACCCCCCUUCCUCUACCCCCUUUUCAACAAGAAAGUAUGUACUGUACUUUGCAGAAGUGAAGUUUUUUCUGUAUUAAUAUAUUAUAUGCAAAAGAAUGCGACUAUGUUGAAGAUGUGUAUAUGUAAAUAGUAUAUGUUUUACCAGAUGUUUCAUAGAAAGUAAUUUUUCUCAAUCUGUUUUAGUUCUCUAUACUUUGCUUGUGUAUAUUUGUCAAAAGUGUUUCUAGUGUCAGGAGAUCUUAGCCUGCCAUUGUACCAGCAUUAUUGUAGUUAAUGACUGAAUGUAGAUAGCGAUACAUGUGUAGUUUUCAGUAUUAGUUCAAACAAAAAGCAGAUAAUGCCAGAUGUACUACUGUUAGGUUAGGGUAUGGUGGGGUCAGUGACCUAAAAUGGAGUGAGGCCAAAGCACUGUCCAGAUCGUCUUACUUCCUGCUUAGGGUAUAUUGAAGUAGGAAAUAAAAUAUUUUGGAAAUAAUUUUUAAAAUACAAAAAAAAUCAAAAAGCAAUAUAGUUGCAAAGCACUGUAUAAAAUAUAAAAAGGUUAAAACUGUGGAAGAUUAUAUUGGUAAGUUUACAAAAUUGCACCUGUUCUCCAUCUGAACUAGAAUAUGGAAAUAACGCUGAAAGUUGGCCAUGGUCUAUUCUUUACCAUUUGUCUGACAGAUGUUCAACGGAAGUACACAGCCCCAAUUCUUCCUGUCUACUGAGGUUUGUACCUUUGUUUUAAAGUACUACAAAUCGCUACUGAUCCCAUUCACCUGGCCAGUAGAACAGUCAUUACACCAUUGACAUCUUCACUGUCAAAGACAUACUGUGGUUUAUACAGUGUAUUGGAAAUUUUAUAAACAAAAAAGUGAAAAGUGCCAACAGAAUACUGACAACAGAUAUUUUUUCUCUAUCAAUUGCAACUGCUUGAUACAGUAUGUUGCAUUUUAAGAGCUUAAGAUUGUGUGUAUACUUUGUUAACAUUAGAAACGUAUUAGUAUUGUGAAUGUAGAUUUUACUGUGAAGCUAUGUGAUUUUAGCCGUUUGCUCCAAUGAAGGAGUUUUUGCAGCAUGGCGCUAGCAGCCAGUGCAGUUUAUACAACUCGGUAAUUUGCAUGUUUUGUGGAGCAGUUUUGUCAUCAACCAGACAGUAUUUUUCCUGCAUGUUUAUGUAGAUAAAGGCAGUUAAUCUGGAGAGGUAGUGUGGUCUCCCUUUACCAGGCUUUUUGACAGGUAAUUUCCGACUAAGCCUUUGUUCCCAAGACCCAACAACUGUCACCCUUCUUCUGUACCUCUCCUGAGUGCCAACUGCCCAGGCCAUUGACCCACCAUCUGUUAACCUCUGAGUUUGCCCACUCAAGGCCACUCAUAGGGACAUCCAUACCAAGCACCUCCUUCAUGCUGUGCAUGCAGUCUUAAAUUCAAUGGACAAAAUGCUGGCUACCUCUGGAUCAUCUGGCUGAGCAAUUGAAAUUCACAGAGAAUUACUUCCCAUCUCAACUUCAAAUCAUUGAUUACGUCCAUCCUGCCAAGCUAUAUGGCAUCCCAGCUGCUCCUUUCUGUGCAACCAAUCAGAGAACAAUGAGUGUGAUGCUCCACGUCUGAAUUUCGUCAGCCUCUCUCUGAACUGUGAUCUUUGUCCUCAUGAACUUUCCCUUUUGUUCAUUGAACUAUAUGGACUCUUCAUUUCAUAUUGAUUUACUGUGCAAUUUACUUUUGGACAUUGAGAACUUGAAAUAAUUCCCUGAUCCCUUUUCCACUUCACUAUUAAUAAUCCAUUUCUGUCAAAAUGUAAGAGUAGAUUCAUUUUUCAGUUUUUAACAUUGGAUUGUUAACUUCAUUUAGAAUUCUCUCUAAAUAUUUAUUUAGAGAAUGACAAAAAAAGGGAAUGAAAUGCUUGUUUUCAACGAAAGAGAAAGCUGUAGUAAAUUGUGUUACUUGGUAAUGAAUAUUUAUCGUCGAUAUUCUGUAGCUGUGUAAGUUUGACCAGUAGUGUAUCUCGUGAAAUCAGUGGUUAGCAUUACCGCUAUUAUAUUUACUCAUUUUGUCAUUAUAAAUGUGCUUAGUUCAUCAUGUAG